UCCAGCUGGAAACGCAGCCCCGAAUCGUCUCUCAAUCCUCUGGACCCGAAUGGCCCCGUCGCAUUCAACUCGACGGCUCUCCUUCGCCUGGCCUACAUCCGCCUCAACAUGGACACCGGGCCCGGCCGAGCCCUGGGCACGCGCGAUCCGCUGCAGAUAGCGCACGCACUGCGAGAUACUCCCGCGAUCAAACGGAGCCCCAAAUUAAUCCGCGCUUUGCUUCACUCCGCCCAUGCUCUCAGCAUACCCAUUCGGAUUGGGAUCCGCCUGGUGGCCAAGACGCAGACCUUUAUAUGGUCAAUCCAGCACUCGCUUUGCUCGCUGGAGUGCGCGUUGCUGCUCAGCAAAUGGCUAGAGGCCAUCUCGAUGCUCGGGGCGGACCCCAGUCCGGCCAUUUCAGACAGCGAGAUGCGGAUCCUGUCGCUCGUCAGAACCGUACUGGAGGAGACCGAGUUUAGAGUACCUACCGACGAGCAGCUGAUGAGCCUGUCGCAGCUCGCCAAGCACCUCAACGUAGGAGUGCUGCGGGUGUGGGCGGCAGUCUUCAAGGGCGCCCAGACGUGGGCCAUUGUCGAGGUGAUUGGCGAUUCCCUGGACAUGUAUGCGGACAUUUUAGAGACAACGUGAGCCGCCGCCGCCUGGACUGUAACCCCCACAUCGGUUGCGUGAACCGGCUGUCAGAGCCAGCUCUCGUGUCUGACGUGGGGCAGACUCAGCAUGCCCGCGACGCCGAGCGUGUCCCGGAGCACCGCAUCAAGCCCAUCACACUCUCCUUGCAUCUCUAUACCUUCACUAACGUGUAAUACAUCGAUUGCCUUGAAUCACGACUAUGAUGGAUCUUCCUCAACGCUAUGGCUUCAUCGGACUGGGUGUUAUGGGUUGGGGCAUGGCCAACAACCUGAGGGCCAAAAUCCCAGCAUCGGCUACCUUUUGUGUCUGCGAGAUCUCCGACAAGAGGCUGGGUGAGUGGUUGGCACAAGCUCCUGGCCCAGUCUCAGUUGCCGCCAGCCCAAAGGCGGUGAUUGAGCAGAGUGACGUCGUGAUCACUAUGCUGCCCGCGGGGCAACACGUCUCCUCCGUCUUCACUGAUCCCAACACUGGCAUGCUGUCAGCGGAUGCGUCCCAUCUGAAGAACAAGCUCUUUCUUGAAUGCUCAACGAUAGACAUUGUGACGUCGCUGCGUUUGGCCGCCGAGGUCAAGACACUCCAACACUGCGACUUCAUCGAUGCACCAGUUUCGGGCGGAGUGCACGGCGCCAACACGGGUACACUAUCUCUGAUGGUAGGGUGUGACUCGUCCGAGCUAUUCGACCGCAUCAAACCCAUUCUGAGCUUCCUUGGCAAGUCGGAAAACAUCUUUCACUGCGGCGGCGUGAGCGCUGGGCUGGCCACCAAGCAGAUCAACAACUACUUGUCGUGCAUCACCAUGCUCGGGACGUGCGAGGCAAUGACUUUGGGUCUGCGCUCGGGCCUAGACCCAAAAACGUUGGCCGAAGUCAUCAAGGUCUCUACUGGGGCUUGCUACAACUGUGGUGAUCAGAAUCCCGUGCGUGGAGUGUCAAGUCUGGCCUCGGCGUCGCGAGACUUUGAGGCCGGAUUCACUACGGAGAUGGCUAAAGGGGUACUGGACAUGGCCUUGAGUCACGGGGAUGCGGUCGGGGCCAAGUCAGUCCUCGGCGGUGUGGUGUCGGAGUUUUACGAGCGUGCGGCGCGGCAUCCUCAAUGCAAGGGCAAGGACUUUCGGUCAAUCUUCAAGUUGUUCUCGGAGGAUGACGCCAAGGACCUUGAAUAGACUAAGGGGAGCAUAUCCUAGCAAAUAUAUGUUCGUUUGAGAUCUAGACUACUGACGGC